AUGGUGACCAGGAAGAGAGAUGCCACAAUCAGCGUGGCCAGUAUGUUCAAAGAUGUGGAAGUCAAGGUGACACUCUUGACGGCACUGAAGAUUCCCCCAAUCAGCAAGUUUAUAAAGGACUACCUGGCGGAGAAGGUCAAUGAGGACGGGAGAAUGAUUACAGAGGAGAACGUCUCUGCCGUGAUCCAGAGGAGCGACCUCCCAUCGAAAAAGACCGACCCAGGAAUGUUCACGCUCCCGAUUUCAAUUGGGGAUAUUCAAGUGGAGCAGGCCAUGAGUGAUUUAGGGGCGUCUAUCAAUGUUCUGCCAUACUCCAUUUAUAAGAAGCUGGGAGAGGCCAAGCUCAUCGAUACUGAUAUAAUGAUACAGUUGGUCGAUAGAUCUUGUAUUCACCAGAGGAAAUUCUGGAAGACGUAA